AUGUCGACGCAAAUGUUUUGCAGAGAACGUAGAUCGUGGACUGCAAAGGAAGACCAGCUCCUCCGUGAAGCCGUACAGAAGGAGGAUCCAGAUAACUCCAACCCAUCCAAGUGGCAUGCAAUUGCCAAACAUGUUCCUAACAGAACCAACAAGGACUGCCGCAAGAGAUGGUUUGCUAAGAUGGCCUCAGACGUUGUGAAAGGAGGCUGGGCACCAGAUGAGGAUGAGAAACUUGUGAAGGGCAUCGAGAGAUAUGGCACUAGAUGGUCUCUUGUCGCUUCAGUCGUGCAGACACGGAAUAGCGACCAAUGCGCAAAGCGUUGGACUGAUACGCUUAACCCUGCCAUUGAUCGCACAACAUGGUCAUCUGAAGCUGACGAGCUUCUGCUCCGAGCAGUCAACGAGCAUGGAAAAGUUUGGACGAAGAUUGUGAAGACUUACUUCCCUGGCAGAACUGGUCUUUCUGCCAAGAACAGGUUCAAUUCCGACAUAAACCGCUCCAGCAGACCACGACGCAAGUCGUCAAUUGACGUGACGCAUUACGGUCUCAGCCGAAAUAAGUCUGAGAGUAAUUCAUCUUCAUCGAGCCCUUCUCCUGAAACACCCUCAAUGUCCCUUCCCUUCACCUCAACGUCGUUCUCGUCUAUGGACUCAAAGCCCUAUCGCUUUGACUCAUUUUCCAACUGGUCGUCAUCUUCUUCGGCUACGUCUGAUGAUGUACCAUCUUUCCGGACCUCGCCCAUGACAUUCGACUACCUGCCGGAGAAUGCUACAUCACCGUCAACACCGUCGACGGACGGUUCGUAUCAAUCUUACGACAUGUCCAUGAAUCAUCAGCUGUCGGCUUUCAGCGAUCCUUCUCAGCUCGUCUUCACCGGCAAUGCGUCGCCGAUACCUCCCGCCAGCGUUUACAAGAACUUCCACAGUCAACCUCACAUUGCCGAGGCACCCAACUACACACCCUAUUCUCAAUACUCUCUAAGUCAUGGAUCAGCACAUAGCGAGUUUGGGUUUGAUAGCCUUCCCAUAGACGCUGGUUCGUCUCUGAGUGGCAACUGGGAGACCAAGACCGCAUCCUCCGCCUAUAAAUUACCAAUAACAACUAACGAAUUUUCGUAUGUAUUCUAG